AUGUCGCUCUUCAAGAAGUUCGAGCCAAAGCCCGAUCUGAGUCCCGCGACAGCACUCAAGUCGUCAGUGCGCAGGGUCAUCCGACAGAAGCUCACCGAGCAGUACCCGGCUCUCGCCCAGGACGAAGGCGCCCUCCUCGAAGCAGCAUGGCCCAACAAGGCUUCCGUCACGACGGUCAAGUUCGCACGCGAGCAUGUCCAGAUGCUGAUUGCAGACAAGCAAGUGCUCUUCUUCCAGCACUACGACGAUUGGUACCUGCCGAGCUUGCGGCUUUUGCAUAAGUUCCCAGAAAUGCUUCCAUCAGUACAAGUCGACCGAGGUGCCAUCAAGUUCGUCUUGUCGGGCGCCAACGUCAUGUCGCCAGGGCUCACAAGCGCAGGAGGACAUCUUCCCGAUCCAUCAAAGGGCGAAGAGCCCCUCAAGAAGGGCCAGUGCGUCGCGAUCAAAGCACAGGGCAAGCAAGAGGUGCUCGCCGUCGGCGUGCUGCAGAUGGACACGGAGGAGAUUCGAAAGACCGGCAAGGGCAUCGCGAUAGACAACAUUCACUACCUCGGAGACGACCUCUGGCUCACACUCUCAAAAGGCGGCAUAUAA